AUGGCAAGCUUUGGUGAGAAUGACAAAGUAACUAUGCCACAGCUAUCAACUGAUGAAGUAGAACAUGUCCUUGUCACCCAUAAUGAGUCGACUUUCUAUUCAAAUGAUGGAAAAGAAGCUAUGUGGCUAGUGGAAGGUGAAAAUCCAAUUCGAAAGAAGGGUCCUGGCAUGUCACUUAUGAUUAGUGAAUUCAAAUGUGCAUGCCAUAGUACAAUGUCUAAUGGUGCAUGGUCUAGUCGGAAGAGUAACACAAUUUCUCUAUUUGAAGUAAUUCACUCUGGAUGUAAGGCCAUCUUUGUAUUUGCUCAAAGUGACAAAGAGGUUGAAGAAGAUGAUCUUUGUACACUGAGGGAUACUACUUUUGUCCAGGAUAAGGAGCGUGGUAUGUGGUUGGAGAAGGAUCCAUACAAUCCUACCAAGAAAUGGAGAUUGGACUGCAAAAAAGACACUUCUGAAGAUAGCAAGUGCUGUGCACAUCAUUUUCUGGCUUCUCAGCCAGAUUUUAUGUCACAGAAAACUGCACUUCAUGAGGCUGUUGAAACAUAUAAGUCCCUGGAUAAAAAUAUUCAUUCUUUCCUUGAUCACACUGGAAAGCUUCAAAACAUUCGAAGAUACUACAACUGCUUGUGGUGCUACAUUGAGGCAUACUGUCAAGACAUGAAUGUGAAAGAAGCCCAUGACGUUGUCAAGAACUUUACCUCAAGAAAACAUACUUCUCAUUGCCGUAAUGAAGGAAAGGAAUUGACUCUUACUCUAUCUUAA